UAGAGUAGAAGGAAGUGGCUAGUGAAAUUGCUGAUCGGACCGGUGUCGUAACUGUGUCCAUGAAGAUCUAUCUGUAGUAAUAUAUUAGCUAGCUAGCAGCGUAACUCCACACAUUCACAUUUUUGGGCCUCUGGUCUGUGUGCAUCACUGUGGCACCGGUGGCAAGAGGUUGUGAAUUGCGCUGUCUUGUGCUGCUGCUCCGGGGACGGAGUGGUGCGGGUUAAGGUGGGCCUCGCCCGGAUCUCUGUUUGACUAGCUAAAACCCCCCAUUACAGCCGUAUCAGGAAAGGGGGAGCGCAGAAAUAACGAAUCGUGUGCUUUCACUGUGUCUGUCAGUCUUCGGGAGCAUCUUCAAACGAGACUUUAUCAAAGGAUUGGACGUGCAUUUCGUGAGCCUAAAUGGAAGAUAACCUGUGCGAAGCUCUGAAGAAGCUGAAGCUGGCAUCAGCUGACAGCACCACGGACAGCGUAGAGGGCUGCCUGGACUGCCUGCUCAAAGCCCUGGCCCACAACAAUGCAGCGGCCAGUGAAAAGAUCCAGGAAAUGGGAGUGCUUCCGUUGCUCCCCAAUCUGUUGGCCCCACAGUCUUCCUGCACACCCAAAGUAGCCAACGUCAUAGCUGAGGUUGCCAAAAAUGAGUUCAUGCGGAGCCCGUGCGUGGAAGCCGGCCUCAUCCCACCCCUGGUUCAGCUGCUCAACUGCAAGGACCAGGAGGUCCUGCUCCAGACGGGCCGGGCCCUGGGCAACAUUUGCUACGACAGCCAUGAGGGCAGGAGGGCAGUUGACGAGGCGGGCGGAGCACAGAUAGUAGCUGAACACUUAAAGUCACUCUCCCAAAAUACUGAACCGGCCAAUGGGAAGCUCUUGACUGUCUUUUGUGGCAUGCUGAUGAACUAUAGCAAUGAUAAUGACUCUUUGCAAGCACAGCUGAUCAACAUGGGUGUAAUUCCCACUCUGGUGAAGCUGCUCGGGAUCCACUCCCAGAACACGGCCCUGACAGAGAUGUGCCUGAUAGCCUUUGGGAACCUGGCAGAGCUGGAGUCCAGCAAGGAGCAGUUUGCUGCCACAAACAUCGCGGAGGAGCUGGUGAAGCUAUUCCGGAAGCAGGUGGAGCGUGAGAAGAAGGAGAUGAUCUUUGAGGUUCUGGCUCCGCUGGCUGAGAAUGACGUGAUCAAGCUGCAGCUGGUGGAGGCGGGUCUGGUGGAGUGCCUGCUGGACGUGGUGGCUCAGACGGUGGACGGGGAGAGGGAGGAGGACAUCUCGGAGCUGAAGACCGCCUCCGACCUCAUGGUGCUGCUGCUGUUGGGAGAUGAGUCCAUGCAGAAGCUUUUCGAGGGGGGCAAGGGCAGUGUGUUCCAGAGGGUACUCUCCUGGGUGCCUUCCCAUAACCAUCAGCUGCAGCUGGCAGGGGCGCUGGCCAUUGCCAACUUCGCCCGCAACGAUGGAAACUGCAUCCACAUGGUGGACACGGGGAUCGUGCAGAAGCUGCUGGAUUUGCUGGAAAGACACGUGGACGAGGGGAACGUCACUGUACAGCACGCUGCGCUCAGUGCCCUGAGGAACCUGGCCAUCCCCGUGGUGAACAAGUCGAAAAUGCUCUCUGCUGGAGUGGCGGACGUGGUGCUGAAGUUCCUCAAGUCGGAGAUGCCGCCAGUGCAGUUCAAGCUGCUGGGAACGCUACGGAUGCUGAUCGACACGCAAGCGGAUGCCGCGGAACAGCUGGGGACCAAUCCGAAGCUGGUGGAGCGGCUGGUGGAGUGGUGUGAGGCCAAAGACCACGCGGGGGUGAUGGGGGAAUCCAACAGACUGCUCUCAGCCCUGAUCCGGCACAGCAAAUCAAAGGACGUUGUCAGGACGGUCAUCCAGGGUGGCGGGGUGAAACACUUGGUAACCAUGGCGACAAGUGAGCACAUGAUCAUGCAGAACGAAGCCCUGGUGGCUCUCGGGCUCAUCGCGGCACUGGAUUUAGACAUGGCGGAGAAGGACUUUGUGAGUGCCAGCCUGGUGCAAGUCCUCCACAAGCUGCUGUCGGAUGAGAAGAGCGCUCCAGAGAUCAAAUACAACUCCAUGAUCCUUAUCUGUGCAAUCAUGGGCUCUGAGCCUCUCCACAAAGAGGUCCAGGGCCUGACGUUCCUGGAUGUGGUGUCCAAGCUACGCUCACACGAGAACAAGACGGUGGCACACCAGGCAUCACUGACAGAGCAGAGGUUAACGGUGCAGAGCUAAAGGACUAGACCCCCCCCCAUCCCCACAACCCCAACC